AAGAUUUUCACAUUCCGUUUAAAGUUGUUGUCCAACUGCAUUGCUGGGAGGCAGGGACAGAGACACACCCAUAGGGAAAAGACUCAGGAGAGUGCGGCGAUGGUGAAUCUGGAGUUACUAAGUCACUCCGUUAUUUAAGGUUGACGUGAUGACGAGGUCGUGGCUGCCGUCCCUGCUGUAGGCUAGUCGUUUUUACAUCGGGUUACAUGCUGGCUGUGGCGGACCGGUUGACAGUCGUGUUGGUAAGGCUAUGUGCAUCUACUGAAGACGAGGCAACAGGUUUCAACCAUGGCCGUUAAAGAGAUGUUCUCUCAGUGGGCUCUACUGUUGCUGUGUACUCUCCCUGUGAUGACCAUCCACUCAGAGGGAUGUCAGUGUCCAGGAGCCACCAUUUUGGCCCAGUUUCCCUCUGUCCUACCCGCUGAGGCCUGCUGUCUGAACUACUCCGGCUCCACGUUCGGCCAUGUUCGCUGGGCCAUGCUCACCAACAGGACCAGACUACAGCUCCUGGACCUGUCUCACUGUACCAUCACUCAGAUAGACCUGGAGGACACAGAGACCACACUCUCUCCUCUCCAGGAGGUCUAUCUGGGUCACAACAGACUGACCUCCAUCCCAGGGAACUUCCUGUCAGAUCUGCCCAGCCUGAAGGUGCUGGAGCUGGGCAUGAACCAGCUGAGGGAGCUGCCUGAGGAUUUCCUCAAGGGAUCUGACGGCCUUCGGGAGCUAGAUCUCAGGGGCAACCUCCUCCGUUCUCUCCCCACCUCUGUGCUGUCUCUGCGGGGUCUGGAGAGGCUGGAACUGGUGGACAACCCCUGGGACUGCUCUUGCUCCCUGGUGGAGGAGCUGGACAACAACAAAACCAGCCUGCAGGGCAUCGUGGGUAACAUCACCUGCGCAUCUCCUCGGAGCCUGGCUGGGCGGCUCGUGUGGUCGGUGGCACCUGGUGACGUCUGCCGCCCACCAGGGCUCACGGCACUUUUCAUCCUCCUGCCCCUCUUCAUCCUCCUCGGCCUCGUCCUCUGCUGGUGCUGUGGGAGGAAGAGGAAGACGAAGGAGAAGCCGGCCUUCGGCUCCUCCAAGAAGAAGGCCUCCCACUCCCAUUCACCCAACGGUCACCACCACCGAUCCAAGCCCCCAGCAGGCGGAGGAGGGGGUAACUACCCCAUGGCGGGGGACAGCAGCAGGAAGGAGAUGUUGAAGAACCAGCUCCUCCUGCGACCCUCCUCCACCCUUCUUGGCUCCACCAGGGACAUCUAUGAGGAGGUGGAGAUUAAAGUAGAAUCUGUGGAGUCCCUCUCUCACUCCCUCCCCAACUCCCCUCCCUCUCCUGGGUCCUCCUCCCAGACAGAGGGCCCUGAGCUGGACCUAGGCGGACAAGUAGAGCUGGAUGCAGUGAGUGUGACGGAGGUGAUGAAGGACUCAGCAGACAGGGAGAAGGCUUAUAUGACCCAGACCACUGAAUACUACAGUCUGGUGCCAGGGAUGGACCUGGAUGACUCAGAUCAUGCCCCGGACUAUGCCUCGGAUCAGGCCUCGAACCACGCAUCAGACCACGCAGAGUACGAGAGUGUUGACCUGUCGUGAGAAUGGACAUAGGUUCGCUAGAAGGAGUGUGUCUCUCAUGACUGGCUGACUGGCUUGAGUGUGUGAGUGUGUGAGUGUGUGAGUGUGUGUCAGAGAAAAAGAGAGACAGAGUGUUGAAUGUUCCACAGAGAUGUGGUCGGAACUGAAUUAUCAAUCACAAUCAUAUGACAGGAAGUGGGGUCACCUUGAGAUCUCCAGGAUGGGAUUGACUUGAGUUCCAGUGUGACCAAAUCAUCCACCACACCACAACACCACCAGAUCACCACACCACCACACCACCACCACCACACCACCACACCACCAUAACACCACAACACCACCACACCACCACCACACCACCACACCACCACCACACCACCAUAACACCACACCACCACCACACCACCAUAACACCACAACACCACCACACCACCAUAACACCACCACACCACCACACCACCACACCACCACACCACCACCACACCACCACAUCACCACACCACCAUAACACCGCCACACACCACAACACCACCAGAUCACCACACCACCACACCACCACAACACCACAACACCACAACAACACCACCACACCACCACACCACCACACCACCACCACACACCACAACACCACCACCACACACCACAACACCACCAGAUCACCACACCACCACACCACAACACCACCACCACACCACCACACACCACAACACCACCAGAUCACCACACCACCACACCACAACACCACCACCACACCACCACACCACCAUAACACCAUAACACCACAACACCACCACCACACCACCACCACCACACCACAACACCACACCACCACCACCACACCACCACACCACCACACCACCACCAUCACAUCACACCACCACACCACCACCACCACACCACCACCAUCACACCACACCACACCACCACACACCACCACACCACAACACCACAACACACUACCACCACCACCACCAUAACACCACACCACCAUAACACCAUAACACCACACCACCAUAACACCACAACACCACCACACCACCACACCACCACCACACCACCACCACACACCACAACACCACCACCACACACCACAACACCACCAGAUCACCACACCACCACACCACAACACCACCACACCAUAACACCACAACACCACCACACCACCAUAACACCAUAACACCACACCACCACCACACCACCACACCACAACACCACCAGAUCACCACCACACCACCACCACACCACCACCACCAUACCACCACACCACCACACCACCACCACACCACCACCACCAUCACAUCACACCACCAUCACACACCACCACCACACCACCACACCACCACCAUCACACCACACCACACCACCACACACCACAACACCACAACACACUACCACACUACCACACUACCACACCACCACACCACCACCAUCACACACCACCACACCACCACCACCCCACCACCACCACCACCACCACCACCACCACCCCACCAC